AAGAAAUGGUUUUAGUGGCAAUAAUAAUUCUAAACUUGUAUUUUAGUAUAUCCCUUGGUUUAUAUAUCCAUUUAUCUAACAAGAAAAUGUUUGGCUCUGCAGGUUCAGGAAAGUGUCUAGAUUGGAAAACAAGGUUUAAUGUGGCUGUGGGUGUAGCAGAUGGGUUGUAUUAUCUCCAUCAUGGCUGCCAGAAGCGCAUUAUACACAGAGAUAUCAAAGCCUCUAACAUACUGCUGACUGAAGAUUAUGAUGCUCAAAUUUCUGACUUUGGACUAGCAAAAUGGCUCCCAGAAAAUUGGAGUAACCAUGUUGUCCAUCCCAUUGAGGGUACAUUCGGGUAUUUGGCUCCAGAAUAUUUUAUGCAUGGGAUUGUUGAUGAGAAAACUGAUGUAUUUGCAUUUGGAGUUCUUCUAUUAGAGAUCCUUACAGGUCGACGUGCAGUUGAUUCCUCACAACAAAGCCUUGUGAUGUGGGCUAAACCAUUGUUGGAGUCUAAUGUUGUGAAGGAAAUGGUGGAUCCGAGGCUAGGAAAUGCAUAUGUUCCUGGUGAAAUUAAACGAGCUAUGUUGACAGCCCUGAUGUGCAUCAAUCAUGACGCCAACAUGCGUCCCAACAUGCAAUGGGUUUUGCAGAUGCUAAAAGCUGAGGAUGGACCUCAGGAGGGACGGCAGAAGUCAUUCAUAGCUAGACCAGUAAUCGUGGAUGGUUUGGACUUGCAAGAUUAUACUUGUUGUUCAACUUACCUUAAUGACCUUAAAAGCCAUAUGCAACUUGUUAUGGACUAAUGCUCUCUCUCUCUGCUGCUGCUGCAUAUUGUAACUUUGUCGGUGUUAAAAACCAAAAACACAAAAAGAAAAUGAAAGAGAACGAUUAUGGCCCUGUAGUGUGUAUUUGUGAAAUAGGUCUUGUAGAACUGCCAAAAUUAUUAUACUAGCUAGUUUGGUUCCCCCCUCCCCUCCAAUGUUUCCAGCAUCUUUGUUACUUUGUUUUCCCAUAGGGUUUUUGUUAUGGAGAACUGGCAUCGGCAAACAAGGCCCAUUCACUCUUUUUCAAUCACCAAGAGAGUGCUUUUCUUUCUAGCGAAAAAGAAUGUUCUACUCUUUCUCACUCUUUUUGCUAUAUAUGUUUUUGGCUCGUUGUAUAGUAAUGAAGUUCUCAAAAGGAGAAAAUGAAAUACUUUAUUCUUA